AACCGUACGAGGCACAGGCGCUCACUUCGUUACGGAUCGGCUAACUUUCCUUGAAUCGUCCGUCGAAUUCGUCGCCCGUUCGUCAAAUCUGCCAAAUUCUGUGGCCUUAAAAAUAAUUGCGUCGAGGUAAAAAUUACGGUACUUAGAAAACAUACUGUGCUGUUACAAAAACAGUCUUCUGUGUGUGAGGAAAGUGCGGAAAAAAAUAUGGCCCUAAGAAACAUUUGAUUUAAUACGUUUGUUAAACCAAUAAAGCUUGGUUUAACAAUGGAUUAAUCUAAUACAACUUAGACUAACUUGGGGAAAUUUUUUAGACAGGAAAAGAAAGCGGCGGAAGUUAACACCAGAUUUCGAGAAUGAGCAAGAAAAAUAAUCCGUCGUUGAAAGAUGAGAACUUGGAUAUUUCCGGAGGCCUUCAAGAGCCGAAGGAUUUCUCGAAGGAGGCGGAAGGAAACCCGGUGUCUCGCAAGUACCGCACGAAGCAUAUGAAGCUAUUUCCGGAAUUAUAUCGAAGUGACGUGUCGAUCCAUCCCAGCUACACCGGCUUGAAAAUCUUGCCGUACCACGUGGUCUGCAGGCAUCGCGUGCAAAGGAUUAAGCGACAAUCAUUUCAGCAGCUAAAUCGCGAGAUCGCGCAUUUCGCCAUGAUCCAGAUGUUUGCUCUCGAUGGUGUGAGGAUAGAUCGCGUCUUCAGCGUCGGGAUGUCGCCGAAGAUGCUGAUUGUGCCGGAUCCAUUGACGAAAAAAGAGAGACGCCGACUGAACGAGCUCAUACGAGAUCCUUAAUAAAAUCCCUUGGGUAUAAUUACGAUAAAAAGAGAUUUUUCGUACAUUUUACUUAAUUAUUAUUUAAUUCUCUCUUCCUUUAAUUUUGUAAUUAAUGUCAAUCUGCUGCAAUUAUUUCUUGUAAUUACAUCAAUAAAUUUCUAAUUACUCCCGU